AUGAAUGACAGUGUGGACUCCAGGAAUUUGGCAAUAGGAAUAAUAAUCCUAUCUCAGAGCACAGUUGGAGUUCUGGGAAAUUUGUCUCUUCUUUCUUAUUACGUUAUCCGUUGCUACAGUGAAUGCACAUUAAAGCCCACAGACUGGAUUCUCACACACCUGAUCAUAGCCAACUCCUUGACCAUUCUGUCUGGAGGAAUUCCGCAUACAAUGGCACUCUUUAAGUUGAAGCAGUUCUUCAAUAAUUUUGAAUGCAAACUGAUUUUAUAUGUUCACAGACUGGGUCGAUGUGUGUCUGUUGGCACCACCUGCCUCUUGAGUGUGUUCCAGGCCACCAUCAUCAGCCCAAGGAACUCCUGUUGUAAGAAUCUAAAAGCUAAAGUGCCAAAGUACACUGGCUUAUGCAUUUUCUUUUGCUGGGUCCUGUACAUGGUGGUAAAUUCUAUUUUCCCUGUGUAUCUAUAUAGCAAAUUAAACAGGAACAAUCUGACAAUAGAGUCAGUGUUUCACCACUGUGGUAUUAUAGAUCGUAGUGAAAUAACAGGGUCGCUGUAUACAGCUUUUAUAGUAAUCCCUGAAGUUUUGUUUUCUUUCCUCAUGGCCUGGUCCAGCAGCUCCAUGGUUCUCUUUCUGCACAGGCACAAAGAGCAAACGAAACACAUCCACAGCUCUAAUGUUUCCCACAGAAAGUCCCCUGAGUCCAGAGCUACCCAGAACAUCCUGGCCCUGGUGUCCACAUUUCUAACAUUUUAUACCCUCUCUUCUGUCUUACAAGGAUUCAUUGCUCUCUUAUCUGAUCCAAGCUGGUGGCUAGUGAACAUCCCAGCCAUCAUUUCACUUUGUUUUCCCACUUUGAGCCCUUUUAUCGUGAGUCGUGCGUCCACUGUGCCCAAGUUCUGCUUCUCCUGGAUGAGGAAUUGA